UUGGCGACUGGCUGCAUGGCAUCGAAUGCAUUUCAAAUUAAUUAUUAUUAGUGUUUUGUGGUCCCAAGUGUUGUCCAUUGUCGUUUGUGAAUAUGGACAACUUCUCCAUGAAGCUUGAUUUGUCAAACUUUUUUAAGGAUGAACGCCGACAGUCCCUAGUUUUUAUUGAUGCAAAGUGGCAAAACAUCAAGGAUGUGCAGGAUCACAUACAAAAUCUGUUUAAAUUGAAGGAUAUUAACUUGCUAACAACUGAUGGUUGCUUUCUGCCGCCGCGGGAAGCUAUCCAAGUGCUUAAAGGAGCCCCGGGACUCAAGGCUUUUAGAUUCAGUGCUCCGGAGGAGAAUGACUUCGCCAGCCCGGCUCCAGUGACCAAAACCAGCAAAAAACGCAAGUACACUUCAGCAGAGGAUGAAGUCGAGCCGCCCAGCUCCACUCCAAGCCGCCCGUCGAAGCGUUCCAAAAAGAAGAGCUCGAAAGUGCCAGAGAUUCCGGCAGUGACAUCUCCAGAACUGAGCAUUAGAGCCUUUGAGUUCCCGCUGAGAAGUUCACAAAACAGCACUAAAUAUGAGAAAUCAAACGAGGAAGCAUCAGCAUCUUCGGUUUCUGGUCGUACCAGCUCCAAAUCCAGUCGCACAUUGCAAAAUAAAUCGGUAGUGGCGGCGGUUUCUGAUCGUCCCAGCACCAAGUCCAGUCGCACAUUGAUAAAUAAAUCGGUAGAGGCGGCAGCGGAGGAUCACAAGACCCUAGAAGAGGAACCUGCUCCGCAAAAUGAGGUCCUAGCUCCUCCGCCCAUCGUGUUCCGCUGCCCGCUCAUGGAGCUAGACUCCAACACUGCACGCACUUUCGAACUUCCAGCUAAGAAGAACAACGUUGUUAUAAUUGAGAAUAUUGAAAUUAAGGCGCCCAACGGAUUUCAUUUGGAACCGGUGGCCACAAAGAAGCCUGAGGCGACAACAGCCGAUGUGGACAUUGAAGGGGAGCCACAGCUUGCGGAUGAAGAAGCAUCUGAGCUUUUAAAGGCAGAGCCAAAAGCGGAUAGUAACCAUAAACAGGAUGAGGAGCCGGAAGAAACUGUCGAUGUCACCAAUGUUACUAAAGCGGAAACACCUGAAAUUGAGGAGAAAGUUGAACCAAAGGACAUUUUACCAUCUUCUGUUGUCCCUCCUCCCCCGGCUCGCUUUUGUGCGCAGAGUUUGUCUUCCGAUUCCGACGACGACGAUGUUAUGGUCUUGGAUGACACCAAUGCGGACGACUCCGACUCCGAUGUGCAGGCAGUGGCUCCCACUGAAGAACAGAAAAAGUCACGCUCGUCGAACAUUAUUCGCGACAUGAUGCAGAGCUCAGUACCCUUGGACGACUUGCCGAAUCGGGGCGAUUCUAUAAUCUUCAAACUGUUAAAGGUCAAGGGGAAUCCAGGCUUAGGAUUCACCGAUUUUAUAGCUGGCAUCUGCAACUACGUCAACCGCCGCACCAAAGUCAUCACACUGGAAAUCAUUUCCUACCCAUCGGAGUUCAAGCGCAUCCUGAGCCAAUACUCAAGCAGCCUGGACGAUUCCGGUGACGAGGUCAAAUGCCUAAAUGUCAACAUCAAGGAUCUGAGGGAAACAAGGACUAUCGUAGACACAAUCGAGUGAUUUG